AUGUCAGGACGUGGUAAAGGCGGUAAAGGACUUGGAAAAGGUGGAGCGAAGCGUCAUCGUAAAGUGCUGCGUGACAAUAUUCAAGGAAUAACAAAGCCAGCUAUUCGACGUUUGGCACGACGUGGCGGUGUGAAACGUAUCUCGGGAUUGAUUUAUGAAGAAACACGUGGCGUGUUGAAAGUGUUUUUGGAGAAUGUCAUACGUGACGCUGUAACAUAUUGUGAGCACGCGAAACGAAAGACAGUUACAGCAAUGGAUGUUGUCUAUGCGUUGAAACGCCAAGGACGUACAUUGUAUGGUUUUGGUGGUUAA